UAAGGUAUUGUAGUUGGAGAUGCCCGAUCCACCAUAAAGACAUAAGUAAAUGCAAAAGAAUCGUUCCAUUAUCUAUCUGUUCACCAGGGUUUUGCCUAUCUGAAUAGACAGACGUAUCUACAACUAUAAAAGUAUACCCUAUUUUCCAUCGGUAUACCUUAAUCAAACUCUUCUCUCCAAAAGUAAAGACCUGCUUCAUUUCGCAAAUUCAUAAGGACCUUGGCAAGCACUGCCAAUGCAAAUGUAAACCUGAACUGUGUUGUUGACUGAUUUGCCACUCAUAAAGAGUAUUCCGAGGGCCAUUUACUUUGCUCUCCCCUCCACGCUCAAAGCCACGCUCUUGGAGCCCCGCCUCGAGAAAAACCACAAUCUGCCCCUCCAACAGCAAAAAGGGAAACGACACCAGGGAAACACACAACACACAAAACCAAAAUGAGUCUGCUAGAGGAGCCCGCAAUGGACCUCCCAGUCAUCGACCUGGACAUCUUCCUCUCGUCGCCCGACUCGGCCGCCGCGCAAGAGGAGUGCGCGAAAGCGGCCCGCGCCCUCAUCUCCUACGGCGCGCUCGUGCUGCACGACAGCCGCGUGGCCGAGCCCGACAACGUCGCCUUCCUCGAUCUCCUGGAAGACUACUUCGCGCAGCCCGAGGACGUGCUGCGCGGCGACGAGCGGCCUGCGCUCGGAUACCAGGUCGGCGUCACGCUCGAGAACACCGAGAAGCCCAAGUGCGCUGUCGACGAGCCCUGUCUCGACGUCAUUCGUCGCCUUGCGCCUGAGGAGCGGCCGCUUGAUAUCAGUGGGCAUGCGCCGGAUCCGAAAUGCCGCUUCUUCUGGCGCAUGGGAGAGCCCGCGCCGUACAAGACGCAAUUCCCGGGCUUGAACGCCGAGAACAUUGUCCCUGCUGCCGAGGGCAUCCGCGAGCGCUGGACGCCUGUCAUGACGCAGUGGGGUGAGAGCAUGAAGAGCGCUGUUUCCGGACUCGCGCAAAUGGCGGCUGUGGGCAUGGGUUUGCCUGCCGAGACAUUCAGCGAUGCAGCAAGAUAUGGCCCCCACCUCCUCGCCCCCACAGCCUCAGACCUGCACAAAUACGGGCAGAAAGACACCAUCCUCGCAGGCUUCCACACGGACCUGAACUUCCUCACGAUCCACGGCCGCAGCCGGUAUCCAGGCCUGCACAUCUGGGCGCGCAACACAGGCCGUCGGAUCCCCGUGAAGAUCCCCGCGGGCAACCAUCUCCUCGUGCAAGCGGGCAAACAGCUCGAGCACGUCACGGGGGGACUGGUAAAAGCUGGUUUCCACGAGGUUGUGGUCAACGACGCUACGAUCGCGACGAUCAAUAAGAGGAAAGAGGAAUUCCCGGAUAGACCGCUCGUCAGGAUUAGUAGUACCUUUUUUUACCAUCUUGCGAGCGAUUUCGAUUUGGUUCCUAUCCCGCAACUCGUCGAGCGCGCGAGGAUUGUAAGAGAGGAGCAGAGUAAGCUUGGGCGUGAUGAGGGUGAUGUUGUGGAGUAUAGGGGGAUGAAAGUUGGGGAGCAGGUUCAAGAGUACGUCAUCCUUUACCCAAUUAUUGUUUUUUUUUAAAGGUUUAUUUUCUUUUCUCCCUUCUACUCCCCCCUCCCUGCCUCCCUUUCAUGUCGUUCUUAGUUGUUCCCUUAUGGUAUGCGAAGAUACUAACUAUACUCGCAGUGAAUUAAAGCAUAUCGCGUUAA